UUGCGUGCUACACUUCGGCGGAGGAAGUGUGUAGCGGAAUCGUGAAUUUUAUGGUGUUGAUUUCGACUAAAACAUAGUAGUUUGUGUAUAUAAUAGUUAAAAAAUAAUGUGGAAGUGUAUUUAACAGUGCUAGGCGUGGAAGAUUUAUCAACAAAUUAGUGUGUAUUUCAAUCAAUAACGCAACCUGAAAAUUUAAUACAAUGAUAAAGAUGGAAACAGAUAAAAUUGAGGAUUCUAGCACUAAUAAUACACAGUACCCAAUGACGAUUUUGCCACCAUACGACACGGCAAGGAAGAAAGAGCCUUCGGCCACCUUCAACACGGAGAGAGAAGCAUGUCUGAAAUAUUUCGAAAGAUGGAGCGAAACGGACCAAGUGGAAUUCGUGGAGAAUCUUCUAGCCAGAAUGUGCCACUACCAGCACGGCCACAUCAACUCCUUCCUCAAACCGAUGCUACAAAGAGACUUUAUUUCUUUAUUACCAAAGAAGGGUCUUGACCAUGUAGCCGAGAAUAUAUUGUCGUAUUUGGAUGCCGACAGCCUGAGAAAUGCAGAGUUAGUUUGUAAAGAAUGGUUUCGAGUGAUCUCAGAAGGUAUGCUAUGGAAAAAGUUGAUAGAAAGGAAGGUGAGAACGGACUCGUUGUGGCGGGGAUUGGCGGAAAGACGACUGUGGAUUCAGUACCUGUUCAAACCGCGACCAGGUGAAAACCAUCGCCCACAUGGCUUCUACCGGUCCCUGUAUCCGAAGAUUAUCCGAGAUAUUGACAGCAUCGAAUCCAACUGGCGCAACGGCGAGCACGUUCUCCAACGUAUCAACUGCCGCUCGGAGAACAGCAAAGGCGUCUACUGUUUGCAGUAUGACGACCAGAAGAUCGUUUCUGGUCUGAGAGACAACACGAUCAAGAUAUGGGACAGGAGUACGUUACAGUGCACCAAGGUCCUCAUCGGCCACACGGGCUCCGUGUUGUGCUUGCAAUAUGACGACAAGGUUAUAAUAAGCGGUUCCAGCGACUCCACCGUCCGCGUAUGGAAUGUGAACACCGGGGAGAUGGCCAACACGCUGAUCCACCACUGCGAGGCCGUCUUGCAUCUUAGAUUUAAUAAUGGAAUGAUGGUGACUUGUUCGAAGGAUCGAUCCAUAGCCGUGUGGGACAUGACGUCGCAGACCGAGAUUACCCUGCGUCGAGUGCUGGUGGGGCACCGGGCGGCUGUGAAUGUGGUGGACUUUGAUGAGAAGUAUAUAGUGUCCGCGUCGGGCGAUAGGACUAUUAAAGUGUGGAACACUUCGACGUGUGAGUUUGUGCGUACCUUGAACGGACAUAAACGGGGCAUAGCUUGUUUGCAGUACAGGGACAGACUGGUCGUCAGCGGCAGUUCUGACAAUACCAUACGAUUAUGGGACAUAGAAUGCGGAGCCUGCCUUAGGGUUCUAGAGGGGCACGAGGAGCUAGUUAGGUGUAUAAGAUUUGACGCAAAGCGCAUCGUGAGCGGAGCUUACGAUGGCAAGAUUAAGGUUUGGGAUUUAGUGGCCGCCCUAGAUCCUAGGGCUCCGACCAGUUCUCUGUGCCUAAGGACUUUAGUGUUGCAGGAACAUACGGGACGCGUAUUUCGAUUACAGUUCGACGAGUUCCAGAUAGUGAGCAGCUCCCACGAUGACACGAUACUCAUCUGGGACUUCCUCAGCUCUAUUCCAGAGACGAAGAACAGUUCGUCUGGCAACGGCGCAACCCGAUCUCCAUCACCAUUUUCAACAUUUGAGUGAAACCGUUAAAUAUUGACUAUGGUUGUACAGACAAAUAAAAAAAUAUAUAUAAUUAUAUAUGCAUAAAUUCAGAUCUGCAUCCCAUGGAUGUCCCUGAACGAUUAUAGGACUUUAUUUAGACGCCUUUAGGAGUACCGAUCAACGAGGACGUCACGUCGAUCCGGUUGGUAUUUCUGAAGCUUGACGAAAUGAGUUAUUUUUGUGAUGAACACGAGAGAAUCCCCCCUCCCCCUUCCCCCUCCCGUUUUAUUUCCAUGACAAAAAAAAAA